GAUCGGUGAAGCCGCGACAUGCCAUUGGCGCAGAGCGUCUAACAGAAGUGAAACGUGUUACAAGUCCAGCCCACGGUUUCCCUCGAUUGAAAUGUAAGCCUGUCUCCCCGACAGCCAGGAAACACAUCGCGAUUUGUCCCUCUUGCUCAUUAUCGGAGCCGUGGCGCACUAAAGGAUUUCCUUGACAUAAUUUCGGACACUCGCGACCCUGGACUCGGAGGCAUACCCGCACGGGAGGUGCAAUCCGGACACCACCUUCAUCAUCUGUGGACACAACAUGAUGGAACCGGCCUUCGGAGAGGUGAACCAACUCGGGGGAGUGUUCGUCAACGGGAGGCCGCUGCCCAACGCCAUCCGCCUCCGGAUCGUGGAGCUGGCUCAGCUGGGAAUCCGGCCGUGCGACAUCAGCCGACAGCUCCGCGUCUCGCACGGCUGCGUCAGCAAGAUCCUGGCCCGCUACAACGAGACGGGAUCCAUACUGCCGGGGGCAAUCGGGGGCAGCAAGCCGAGGGUCACCACCCCCACGGUGGUCAAGCACAUACGGACAUACAAGCAGAGAGACCCCGGGAUUUUUGCCUGGGAGAUUCGGGACCGGUUACUCGCAGACGGGGUGUGCGACAAGUUCAACCUGCCGUCCGUGAGCUCCAUCAGUCGGAUCCUGCGCAACAAGAUCGGAAACCUGUCCCAACAGAACCAGUACGAGUCCAGUAAGCAGGGGCAUCCUCCACCGCAGCCGACGUUACCCUACAACCACUUAUACUCUUACCCGACCUCCAUCGGGGCCGCGGGCACCAAGGUCCCCGCCCCCCAGGGCAUGCCGGGCCUCCCUGGACACAUGGCUAUGCACAGGAUUUGGCCCUCGUCGCACUCCGUUACAGAUAUUCUUGGGAUACGGUCAAUUACAGAACAGCAAAGUAAGAGUUACUCUUUUGAUUGAGUCAAUUCAAUCCCUUUUUUAUUAAAUGUUUAAAACAUUGUUAAAACAUUCCAUUUCAAAUAUUAGAAGGCCGCUAGAAUUAUUGGCGUUCGUGUAGAGUGCUUGGGCUAGUGUGUGUGUGUGUGUGUGUGUGUGUGUGUGUGUGUGUGUGUGUGUGUGUGUGUGUGUGUGUGUGUGUGUGUGUGUGUGUGUGUGUGUGUGUGUGUAAAGAGAGCUCAUACUGAGAGUAUCCUGAUCAGCUCAUAGACACAACAUGCCACACGAGCCCACACGUCCCCGACGGGUGGUGUCUGCGGAACAGGGCGACCGCUUGUUUCGGCGGGCCUUGUUUUAUUCUGUUUCCUUCGAGCGGCUCAGACAGAGUGUGUAUGGCCGAGGCUGGCAGUUCAGGUCUAUCGGUGCAUAUAGCUGGCUAAGAAGUAAGGAAAAGGGCUGAGCUUUGAUGUAGGGUAACACAUGUCGGACCUUUUCAACAUGCCCUUUGCUUCGAGACAUUUUGUUCCAACAAGGGCGACUGCGUUGUGUCAAGACAUCAGCCUGUGAGGCCCGACCACAGCCCGCCUCUCAUGGAGCAACCGGCCGCCCUCUGACUUCGCCCUCUCAACUCAUGCGUUCGAAUUCUGAUUUCGAACGCAUGAGUUCAUUCUGACCGUCAAACCUCGGUCACGCACGCGUGUUAACAUGUUAACUCGCGUUCCAUAAUGCCCCCCAGGUUGUUUUGAAAACAGCGAAACAGGAGCCGCCGUGACUCCGCGCGCCCUGUGGGUCAUCCGUGUUGUGAGGGUGAAUUUCUGUGACCAUGUUGGCUCGCGCGGCGAGGGAAGGGGUGUCAUUCGGCGGGCCCUCGCGACUGUCAGGACGAGGCUGUCCUCGCGCCGUGCAAAUCGCCCAACGAGCAUCUCAAUACUCGGGGGAGCGCGCGGCCAUUCAAUACAAACAUUCAAUACAAACUAAAUCUUCAACAAAAUGUCCGAAUGGGAGUCUGAGGCCACAAAGUCACACAGUAACACACUGUCAGUAACACACAGUAACACAAUGACAGUAACACAAAAUAACACACAGUGCUACUGUGUUGUUGUGCUACUGCCUGGGGGUCACUGAGGGUUAAACUCUAACCCUAAGACGUCUUUAUUGACUAGUGCUAAUACAUAGCUUAAAGACCAAAACAUACAAGUAGUCUAUAAUAAAUAUAUAUUAUAUGAGAGCUUAUAGUCCUACGUUCUGUUAGGACUAUAUUACUAUAACUAUAUUGAUGUCGUUAUAAACGUCAACUUUUGUGUUUGGACUUUUUUUCUCAAAUGAAGACAAGCUUAUACACACUUACCCGAACCGAGGCCUAUGUUACUAAACCCAGGCCGAUAUUACUAAACCCAGGCCUAUAUUACCAAACUCAGGCCGACAUUACUAAACCCAGGCCUAUAUUACUAAACCCAGGCCUAUAUUACCAAACUCAGGCCGAUAUUACUAAACCCAGGCCUAUAUUACUAAAUCCGGGCCUAUAUUACUAAACUCGGGCCUAUAUUACUAAACCCAGGUCUGUAUUAGUGAAGGUCGACCGGGCUAAACCACCGAGUAUGUUCACUACGCAUCCAAAGAAAAGUCCACAAACACGGCCUAUGAAACAUGGCGGUGUCAUGUUCACCUUCGGUGGGCUGGAUUCUCCUAAACGGACGUGGAUAAUAUAAUAUAAUAAUAUAAUAAUAUAAUAACAUAAUAUAAUAUAAAAAUAUAAUAUUAUAAUAGUAGUAUCUUCAUCAGGCCCAAAGGGGGUCGCUUAAACAGGUUUAAUUCGUCCUCCACAGGAAGGCGUUUGGCGGGUGAAUGUUCUAGGCUAUGACGCGAGCGCGUCGUCUUGCUGCAUUCCGUCACGAGCUUCACCUUUAUCAGCAGCCACGAGACGCACGCCGCGAGCACGGGGUCGCUCCUCGCGCACUGUUGAUUUCCGUUCUUCUUGUUUGGGGUGUUUAGGCCGGAGACGAAUUACUAUUCUCUCAUAGCAUACUCUGAUCGUGUUCAGGUCUUCAUAAUCCACCCUCUGAUUUAAAUCUCUUCUGGUCUCG